AUGAUUGCCCAGAGUCCUGAUGCGGCCACCACAGCGACUCAGUGUAUCAAAAAGCUGAUUCAAGCAGACGAAUUGCAUGUGGCAAACAUUAGUGACUUCGCUCAUACAGCCGUAAACACCAUGCACGCUGCAGACAUCUCGGCAGAGCCCAGAGUUGCCGAACCCAACGGCGUCAAAUCCAAUGGGGUUCCCGAGAACGGCAGUACAUCGACAGAGAAGCCGCCAGAUGCCUCCCAGGCCAUAUGUUCCUCCAACGGUCUUCAAAGCGGCGUGAAUGAGCAUCGAGAAAUGGCAGUCAAAGUCUUGAAAAUCAUCGAGAGUUAUGGUGUCGACUAUGAAAAGACCGGUGGCUCAUGGAAGGGGUUGGAGUCUUUCGUUCCCAUUGUCGUUGGACAGGUCGAGCGCCAGGAGCCCAUUCGAAUGAUACUCCCAGCAUUCCCAUUUAAAUCUCCCAAUUGUCGCGACAAGGUCUUGGGAGUGAUGCCUGAUUUCGGCGAGGAGCUGGCUCUGUGUCACUUGAACGGUCUUUGCGAAAAUAUCGCGCAAGUUUAUGAGCCGGGAGCCAACGUGUACAUUAGCUCAGACGGUUUGGUAUACAACGAUAUCCUUGGAGUGCCCGAUGAUGUCGUCUGGGACUAUGGCGAGGCUCUGCGGAAAAUGGCGGUCGAGAAGGGCCUCUCCAACGUGAAAUUCAUCCGUCUUUUCGAGCUUCUCGAACAUCCAUGGUACCCAAGCGAUAGCGCUGAGUCUGCAAAAUCAUUGUACUUGGCUCAUGCGAACUGUCUGCGGCGCGAGCUCAUGUUCCGUUUUGGGGACCCGACCUUCAACGCGGAGGAAGCGAUCAAAACCGAUAACGAUACCUGCCUGACAUAUCGAGGGUACAUCAAGUUCCUCAACAAAGACCUGGCUCACCACGAAGACUUUCAGGGUCUCUCUAAGCGCGCAAGACAGUCUCAAAUUUCUCAAAUUGCCCGCCAGAUGAUCAUUCGGGGGAAGAUGUUCGCAGCUGCCAUCAGGGCCGAUCGAGGUGACUAUGUUCGAUUGUCCAUCCACGAGUCAGCCGGAGAGAAAAAACUGUCAGUCUCUUUGAUUCCGCAGAUCCGUGGAGCGCUUGGUUUCACACCGUGGCAUGCCUCCGUUGCAAUUGGACUCGACGGCUCGUAUCAAACAGCUCAUGCGGAAGAUGUACGUCAGACUCACGAGCUGGUGUACAAAGAUGGCCGGCCCUAUCUCUAUCGGGAAAAGUCCGACCUCUUUGAUUGGCGAGAGGAUGGACUCUCAGUUGAAUUUGAGCAUCUGUAUCCCUGUGGUGUCAUCAUACGCCCGACUGGUGCGGCUGAUCUUCACGAGCGGCCCUCGAUCUGUGGUGUGCCAAUGCACAAGGUGCGACGAAUUUCAAACACCAUGUCCCCCGUAGUCCUUCGAGGAUUCGCAGAUACGCUCGACGAAGAUCUCUACGUGAAGGCGGCAUCCGAGCUGGGCACGAUUCUUCCAUGGAGCUUUGGCAUCAUUCAAAAGGUUCGUGACGCCGGACGCUCAGACAAGAUGGGAAAUAAUGUUACCUCCAACGAAGCCAUGCCAAUGCACUUUGACGGAAUGUUCAAGUUUGAGGAGGUCAUCGAUACCGAAACAGGAGAAAAGAAAAAAGUGCAGCGUCCCCCGGGGUAUCAGUUCUUUACCUGCCCGGCAACGGCACCGAAGGGCAGUGGGUAUACUCUCUUCGCCAGCUCGCGAUUGUUUUUCAGGUACCUUCCACGACCAUGGACCGCGGAGCGCUUGGAGAAAUUGACCUGGGCCAUGGAUAAUGACGGCUUUUGGGAUGCGAAAAUGAAAAACCUCCCCCUGCUUGUGAAGCACCCCGUCACCGGCCUCCCUUGUCUCAGAUGGCAUCAACCGUGGGAUUCGACGAAGACCAAGUUCUCCACCUGUGAUGUGAGAAUUGAGAAUGACGAUUCAGGCCUGGUGAGUAUCAUUGACCGUGUUACAUAUGAUCAUCGCGUGUGUCUCCGAUUUGAAUGGGAGAAGGGCGAUCUCUUGAUUAGUGAUAACACCGCCAUGCUUCAUACUCGCACAGGGUAUGUCAGUGACUGCAACCGAGAAUUGUGGCGCAUUCAUUUUAAUUAG